AUGCCUGAAAUAGCCGAGGUCGCUCGAACAGUUCAUUUCAUCAAAAAGCUACUUGUUGGGAAAACGAUAUCCAAAGCCACAGCUACAGAAGAUCUCAAUGUCUUCGGCAAAGUGGGAACCUCAGCUGCUGAGAUCCAGAAACACAUGACUGGCAAACAAGUUGUUGACGCCGGUCAGCAAGGCAAAUACUUCUGGAUGAUCAUGUCUAGCCCGCCGCAUCCGGUCAUGCACUUUGGCAUGUCUGGCUGGCUCAAAAUCAAAGACGAGCAUACCUACUACUACCGGCCGAAAUCAGGGGAGGAAGAAGAACCCUGGCCACCAAAGUUCAUGAAAUUCCUGCUUGAGACAAAGCCGGAAAAUGGCCAGGAGAAAGUGGAAGCCGCAUUCGUCGACAUGAGAAGGUUUGCAAGAGUACGACUGGUGGACUGUGAAGCUUCAGAGAUUCGAAAUGUUACACCUUUGAAAGAGAACGGACCGGACCCGGUCAUUGACAAGGACGUUGUGACUGUCGCCUGGCUGAAAGAGAAGUGUAACGCAAAGAAAGUGCCUAUCAAAGCUAUGCUUCUAGAUCAAGCCAACAUCAGCGGUAUCGGCAACUGGGUGGGAGACGAGAUCAUGUACAAUGCGAAGAUGCACCCUGAGCAAUACGCCAACACAUUAUCGGACGAGCAGAUCAGCCAGCUGCACAAGUCUAUUCACUACGUUUGCAGUACUGCUGUCGACUUACUCGCCGAGUCGGAAAAAUUUCCGGAUGACUGGUUGUUCAAGCACCGGUGGGGAAAGGGCAAGAAAAACGCCUCAAACGCUCUCCCAAAUGGAGAAAAGAUUGCAUUUCUGACUGUUGGUGGUCGGACAAGUGCUGUUGUUCCUUCCAUACAAAAGAAGACUGGCCCUGUGGCCAAGGAGAUGGAUGAGGCGGAGGUGGUCGAUGGAGAGGACGCACCGAAGAAAGCCAAAGGCAAGAAGCGAAAGGCUGUUGGCGAGGACGAGGAAGACGAGGUGGAGCAGCAUGAUGAAGAGGCAGACGUCAAGUCCAAGAAGGCUACUCCAAGGAACAAGAAAUCUCAAGUCAAAGAAGAGCAGCAUGAUGAAGUGGGGGUAGAUGCGGGCAAGCAGGUCAAUGUGACGAAAAAGGCCAAGAAGAAUACAAAAGUGAAGGAGGAGCCAGCCAACGCGAAAGGCAAGGGUGUUAGUCGUGGCAAAGCUGUAAAAAGCGAACCAGUCAAGGUAGCUGCAGAUGACGGCGGAAAGAGAAGAUCUGGUCGGCUAAGCAGAGGAUAG